AUGAAUGAAGAAGGUCAUAAUUUUAUAGUGGAAACUGAAACCGUAGAGGCUCCAGUAUCAAAUAUUAUUUUGCCUACACCUAAUGCAAGUAGUAUUAAUAUUGCUAGAGGAUCCUCUUCUAAUAUUCCAAAUACUAGCCAGGAACGAUAUAAUAAUGAUAAUUCUAAUGUCUCAAAAGAUGUAAAUCAAACUAAUGCAUCCAAUGAAGUGGAACAUACCGGCAUUUCAUUAAAACAAAAUAUAGCACCGCAAAUAAAUGGUAGUAAACCUAUAAUGUCUUCAGUUUCAUUGGCUUCUAGUGGAACUGUAAGUACUGUUGCAAGCAGUAAUGAUCAUCAAGUUCAACGAAAUUUAAUCGAUAAUAAUCCCUUAUCUAUGCAUGCUCCACAAUCAGUACGAAAUAAAAAGAGCAAUUUGCUAAUAACUUCACCAGUACUUGUAGGGUCAGGAAAUAACUUGGGUUCUGUUACUGUGACAUCUACCACUACUGGAGCUGGAGUAUCAUUAAUAGAUGAGAUUUCAAAUGAUUUUAAACCAAGCGAUAAUGAAAUAAAUGAGACAUUAAAAAAGCCAAUACUUGGGCAUAUUUCAAGUAGUGAUCAACAAUCAAUGGAGAGUGCGAAUAGAACAGCGUAUGGUGGUAGGCAAUCAAAAUUAAAUAUCGAGGAUGCAAAUGUAACAGCAUUGACCACUACUGGUACUGUUGCCGCUGCUACUAAUAACAAUAAUAAUUUAUCUUCACAAUCUUCAAAUUCCAAUAGCCCAGCAGUUGUACCGUCUCCAGUCCCACAUAUUGUUUCGAAUAAGUUGACAGAUUUAAAACCAAAUAAAAUAUUAGAAAGACCAUCGAUGCCAAUGAUGAAUUCAAGGGAAAUUUUAUUAGAAGAUAAAAGGCCGGAUCUACAGAAAAAGGCACCUCUGUCAUCAAUGAUGUCUGAAGAGCCAACAAUAUCCCAAGAUACCGACUCCUUACAAAAGCCUACAAAGGCUGAUAUUUUUGCUGCGAAACUAGCAUCUGCUGUUGGUGAAAACGAAAUAAGUGACUCUGAAGAGACAUUUGUUUAUGAAUCAACAGCAAAUUCCAGCAAGAACGUGAAACUUGCGAAUCCUCAAGAAAUGCUAAAUGAGUUUAGUGAUCAUUCUAAAUCACAAUAUUCUCAUACGAAUGGGACCAAUAAAUCUUAUGGUAUUGCACCAAAAAUGAGUGUGCCGCUGCUAAAUAGUAGCAAUCAAAAUUUUUUAAAUAAACUGAAAAAUCACAGACAUACAAGUACUGGUGGGAUUGCCUUAGGAAGCAAGUUUAAUGGCACUCCGAAUCAAAGCACAUCUUCACAUCUGGGGCCAUCGUUUCAAGCAGCAUUUACUAUUCCUGAUGAUAUUCCAAGCUUGAGAUCUAUGAGUUCCCAAAACAAACAACAUGAUAUCCAAUCUAUUAAAUCAUAUUCCUCCGGUCAUCAUCCACCUACUAGAAGAAUGAAUGUACCUCCAACAUUUAAUGUUGGCGUAAAUUCACCUACCGUUAAGAAUUCUAAUUUUCCUGUAGUAGCAAAUUCAAAAACGAGACAAAGAAAUAAUGGCUUUACAAGUACUACAUCAUCUAGAAAGGCUUCGAUGUCUAAUGUUGCUAUGAGGCAACCUUCGGUGUCAAGGCAUAGAAUUCCAAGUAAUGCCAAUAAUGGAAUUGUCCGUACAAAUAGCAAGAGAAGGUUAAGAACAACUGCUUCUAAGAUAUUUGAUACUAACGGUGCUCCUUUGAGAAGGUAUUCUGGAGUGCCAGAUCAUGUCAAUCUCGAAGACUAUAUAGAACAAUCAAAUUUUUCACCAAUGAGUAACAGCGUAAUCAAACAUGAGCCUGUAAAUGAUUAUUUCGAACCUAAGAAAGUUAAUUAUAUAAGGGAUGGCUGUAUUCAUGAUGACCACUUUAAGGAUCCUAGUAUUAUUCAAGAAGAAGAUAGUGAAACUACGGAUGACCAAAAUAAUACAGGGAACUUAAAGGGAAACGGGCAUUCCAAAAAUGAGAUUUCACUUCAACCAAAUGAAGAUGAGGAAGACGAUGACUAUCAAUCGAUGUUUUAUUAUAAUCAUGGUGGUGACUUAGAGGCACGUCCACAAAUUUCAGACUAUGAAGAAGAUGAUGAAUGUAGUGAAUUAGAUGAUGCAGAAGAUGAUCCAAGGAUAUAUAACACAUAUCAAUAUUACCAAGACCAGGGUAAAUUAAAUAAAAAUCCCAGAUUUCAGGAUUACUAUACAUUUUCUACACAACCUCAACCUUCUGAAUAUGUUGAUCGAUUCCAAACGAAGGCUAGUGUAAUACAUGGAGAUGUUCAUGAAAACUCACCUCUCAGAAGUCCAGGGAGACGUUAUUUUCCAGAUGAGACAAAUUAUUCACCUCAUAAUUUUACAACUCAAAGAUACACAUUGUCUAAAUUUCGUAAUUGCAUUUAUUUCAGUUUUGCUGUUAUAUUCUUAGUGACGUUAGGGUUCACAUUAGGAUUUUUGUUGGCUACUAACAAAGAAUUACAAGGAUUUAACAUCUUAUUCAUGGAUAACAUUAUAAGCAGCAGCGAUGAGUUAGUAUUUGAUAUUACUGCUGGUGCGUACAAUCCUGGCUUUUUCACUAUUGGCGUCGUUGCCGCAGACAUCGAUAUAUUUGCUAAAAGUGCAUAUAUUAAAAAUAUUAAUGAUGGAGGUAGUCAAGGUGAGAAUGACUCGCCAUCGAUGGAGACAAUACUGUUGGGAUCUGUACAAUCGUUGGAAUCGCCGUUGCAAUUCCAAGGGGAGUUUUUCAGAAGACAUUACGGGGUUUCAUCAUCUAGUUUGAAAUUAUUAAACCCAGGAGCUAAUGAUGCUAAACAUGAAAUAUCCAAGGGAUAUAAAAACGUGAACUCGAUGAUGGAUGAUGUUGAGAAAUGGAAGCUACUAAUCAAGCAUGACUACGAGUUGAUAAUUAAGGGCAACUUGAAGUAUAAGAUACCGUUUUUCAAUAGCGAAAGGUUAAUCUCAAUCCAGAAAAAUGCAGAAGUUCAUCCAGGACAGGAUGAUGAUGGAACAUUAUUAAAUACACAAAAUGGGAAUAAAAUUGAUACGAACAACAAGGAGAAUCAAUAA